ACAUUGAUACACCAAUGAUGUCUCUCUUCUGUUUAGGCACCAUGAGUAGAAUUUGGGGACUUUGUACAAUUGCCUCUCUCAGCAUACUUUUACUUACGCUAUGUCCCACUGGUUUGGCGUUGAACUGUUUGGAAUGCCCAUGGUUUAGCAAUGCAGAGUGUGGGAACAAGACAACAUGCCCCGCAUCAAAUGAUGUUUGUAUAAGAAUUUCAACAGCUAGUGGGUCCUAUUACAACUGCUGGGAUUUUACCAAAUGUGACUCACAAGGUUUAGCGGAAUAUUUUAAGCUGACCCGCUUCAAUUACACUUGCUGCUCUAGUAACCUGUGUAACAGUGGUAGAACCAGCCUUCCGGUCAUCUCUGUGGUCCUCAGUCUAGUUGCAGUAGUUUUCAUGAUCUGUCGCUGAUGAUGCUCCUAGUGUCUCUUCCUGUUCAAGAACAACCUGCAGUUCAUAAACUAA